GCUGAGUGGUUAUAUGGUGGUGAGAGUAGUGCAGGCAUUGAGGUCUAUGAAGGUUCGAGCUCCCAUCACUGUUAAUGAGAUCACAAUUGAUCUGAAUGAGAAACAGCAGUCAGAGAGGAAUCUGUCCAGAGUCCUGAGCAGCUUGGCCAUCCUUCUGAGACUCUGGACUGUCCAGUGUUUGAACUUGAUUGGACACAAGAUUCAGUCUGUUUCUGUGUCUGUCCUACUGUGUCACCAGGGACCAGUGACUCUCAGACUGUCCAAAGUGACUCUCCAGAAGCUGGUUGAAUGUGUCUAUGAAGCUCAGGAAGAGGAACUGACUCUAUGCUUCCUGCAGAAAGUGGGCGGGGAUCUGACUUCAUGUUCCUUGAGCUGGGAAGAGCUUCAUUAUUUCCUGCAGCACAGAAUUCAGCAAAUCACUCUGAACCUAAGAUACAGCAACAUUCAGGUCAACAUUAGAGAAAUUCUGCCAUUCCUGAACCGGAUUAAGUUUAAACGGAUGAGCUCUGCCUUCAUGCUGUGUGCAAUCAGAGAGAUUUAUGAGUCCGGCUCUGCUAGGUUUGUGUCCAGUCUGUUGAGUUCAGUGAAGAACUACAUUAACCUGCAGAGCAGAGAUCUGGACUCUGUUCACUGUGCGGCCCUGCGCUUCACACUGCAGCGCUGCACUGCAGCUUCACUCAAUCUACGGUGGACCUCCAUACCAGAGGAAGAGCUGCAGAGCAUUCUACCUCUCUUCACACAUCUCUCCCACCUCAGGUCUCACUGCUUUUCUCUCUAG